AUGUACAGGAAUGCAGAAAUCGAAACCGAGUUCAAGUUGAAACUCGAGUCUCUAGAACGGUGCACCGGGCAAGACGCAGUAAGCCUGGAAUGCACAUCUGGUGUCUAUGCCGGUGUUGAAGUCGAAGUUCUGGGGAGGAACAUCGGAGCCGGUACCAGUAACCUCGACCUGGAUGCAUUCGGGGUAGAACUGAGCGCCACGGGCGGGGUUGACGUCGUAGGUGGUGUCGGACUCGUGGAGAGCAAUGAUCUCCUGGCGGAUGAUGUACUUGCCCGCCUUCAGGGACGCGGGAAGCGUGAUGGGCUCAGACACACCCUUGUUGGCAACAAGAGUCUCAACAGCCCACUUGCCGUUCUCGUAGCCUUUCUCGGCAAUCUUGGUCCAGAUGGCGCCAGUGCCGUCGGUCUCAGUGUAAGGGGCAAUGUAGGUGAUCAAGGGACCCUUGUGGGAAAGGUCGAUGAUAUCGUCACCAGGGGAGUUGUGGUACCAUUCGACAGUGAAGCUGUCACCUGCGGCAAGAGGCUUGAAGUCCUUCGCAGCCUUGCCACCGUUGACGUUGCAGACGAUGUCGGCGCUCUUGAGGUCCUUUACGGGAGAGUUGGAAGGGGGGCUGCGGAUGUACUGCGUGGCGCCGGUGCCAGUGGAACGACCAUCGCUCUUGGGAGCGUCGCCAGGCUGGGCGAGGUUAAGAACCAGAGUGUGGGCGGCAGAGUAGCCGACGAGAGUGGAGAGAGCAGCGGCGGUGAAAGCGAAACGCAUCUUGACGGUUGUGAUGGGGUUCGGGUAAGAGAGUUGUUUGGUUCAGAAGUGAAGCGAUGA